AUGAUGCACAGCGCCCACUCAGUCGCUACCCAAGCUAGCCUGUCACUGCUGAAGCUGUCGUCUCUGUUACUGCCCUUUGUUACUGCACAGGAUUCUGUUAGCUAUGACUUCGACAGCUAUGGAGCUUCUGAUCCGAGUGGCACGCCGUACCAAACUUACAUGUCGAACACGAAUGUGAAGCCACCGCAGAUGCAGAUCAAUCGAAAUGGAACAGCGUUGCAGAGCGGACUUGUGUUCCUGGGGAUCAAUGAAUUCUCAGAUGAUCGCAUGGGGUCACUUGUAUGGACCGGCAACUACAGCGAACCUUUCGAUUUCAAGACGCAGACAUACAAGGGCGAGCCUGUACUUACACUCUGGUCUGGAGAGUUACUGAACGGCUACGGACGAGGUUCAUAUCAUAUCCUCAACCAAAGCUAUGACGAGAUAGCGCACUUUCAGGUCAACCGUUUCGGAGAUGAAAUGGGCGAUAUCCACGAGUUCGACAUCACUGCUGACGAUACCGCGCUUGUCUUGAUCUACCAUGGCAUUCCAUGGGAUUUGACUGCAUCCGGAGGUAUCGAGAAUGGUUGGCUGUUCGAGAAUACUUUCCAGGAAAUCAACAUCGAGACUGGAGAGCUUAUUUUUGAGUGGAAUGCCAGUACUCAUGUUGGAAUCAACGAGUCGUACAACUCUCUCCCGUCUGAGGUUGGUCAAUCCGAAGAAGCGCCGUGGGAUUACUUCCAUAUAAACUCCGUCGAGAAGGACAGCAACGGUGAUUACCUAGUCUCAGCACGCGUCAUGGAUGCCAUAUACAAGAUAUCUGGACAAGACGGAAGCAUCAUCUGGCGCCUUCAAGGUAAACAAUCAGACUUUGACGUUGACCCGGCAGCCAACUUCGCUUUCCAACACGAUGCUCGCUGGCUCAACGACAACCAAACUCGCAUGACGAUUUUUGACAAUGGACCCACCGAGACGAUUGGCUAUUCGCGAGGUCUCUUGCUCGAUGUCAAUCAGAACGAAAAGACCGUCAAACUUAUUACUGAAUUCGCCAACCAAGGCAAGACCUUUGCAACAUUCGAAGGCAGCUUGCAAGCCAUCGACCCUUCUAACGGAACCACAAACUUCAUGCUUGGCUUCGGCAGCCAGCCCUUCUUCACUGAGUUGGACCACCAAGGCAACAUCCUUCUUGACGUACAGUUUGGCAAAAGUAACGUUGUAAACGCAUACCGCGCGUAUCGCCAGCAAUGGGAGGGAAACCCAUCCACCAAGCCGGAUGUGCACUGGGAUCAAGACGGAAACACGGCGUUCUUCUCUUGGAACGGGGCUACUGAGGUCGAAAGUUGGGUUGUAUGCACGGCCAAUGCGAGCGAUUCACGUACCUGGACCAAUGUCACUGUGGCAAGGAGGACAGGAUUUGAGACAACAAUCGACCUUUCCGACGCACAGUUGGAGAGCUUUGUACGUGGAAAAGCUGUGAGCAGUGAUGGUACUGCGUUGGGAUGGACUAUGGCGAGUGAUGGGAAUGAAUUGUACGAUGCGCCAGACGAUGUUGAUGAGAUUGGAUCGGCGAGUGCUCCUACUUCUACGGCUUCUUCUUCUUCCACGAGUACCUCAGCGCCAUCGAGCACAGAUGCUGCUCCUUCGAGCACUUCGAGUGGUGCUGCGACAAGAGCGACACAUGGGGUUAUGGAGCAGGUGUACGUCGCUGCUGUCGUGGUGGUAGGCGGGCUCGCUCUUGUGUAA